GAUAGGUCGGUUAGCUUAGCUUCAACCAACAAUCCACCUUUAUUGGAAACCAAGGAAUUUGACUGAAAGAUUUGAAGUCUGACGGAGUAAAAAUGGCUUUCUUAAUUAAAAGUAUGGUGGGGAACCCGUUGAAAGGAAUGGGUUUUGGAGGAGGAGAGGAGAAGGCAGAGGAGGAGACCCCCAAGGACCCCGCAAAGGCCGCUGGUAUGACCAGAGAAGAAUAUGAGGAGUACCAGAAACAAUUGGUGGAGGAAAAGAUGGAGAGGGAUGCAGAUUUCUUGCACAAGAAAGCAGAGAGAGCGACUUUAAGAGUGUGUCUACGAGAAAAAUAUCGACUUCCCAAAAGUGAGCAGGAUGAGAACAUGAUCCAAAUAGCUGGAGAUGAUGUGGAUGUUCCUGAGGAACUUCUGAAGAUGGUAGAUGAAGAUGCCACAGAGGAAGAGGAGAAAGACUCCAUCCUGGGGCAAAUGCAAAACUUACAGAACAUGGACAUGGAUCAGAUCAAAGAGAAGGCGAGUGCCACAUUUACUGAGAUAAAGUCCAAAGCGGAGGAGAAGUGCUCUGUCAUGUAAUGGUUUUACAAAAUCCUAGAUUGUGCAAAUUUGUUUUUUAAUUCAAAUAAAUAUCUUCAUUUCAAUCCCUCCCUUAUUUCGAUUGCUGCUGAUUUUGUUUAAUAAGUGUGAAUAAAGAUCACUCCAGUGUAUAGGGGAG